CACAGCCCUCUCCUAUACUACUGCAACCCGUGCCGAUCCCUGAGCUGCAGAUUCGGACAAUUUAGCCGCUGUCCGCUACCCAUAUUCUGGGACAAAUCGUGGGGAAUCCCUGUAUGUGACUGCAGGGCCGGCUUCUACGAAUUUGGUCCAGUCACAUCGAUACAGACACUACGGAGACUCAGAUUGUUGCCGGGCUGGGCACCUUGCGGCACAAUUUCAAUGAGUUCCCACAAAGAGGGGAUACCUUAUGGGACGAGAGGUGGAGGGGGCUUCUUCGGAACUCGGAGACUACCUACCUUAGGUAUAUGACUACCAGGUAGCAUAUGUAUUCUGACGCGCUUCCCUGACAGCGACACUCGGUUGUCAACCUGUCAGUAAUGCUCCGAUCAAGAGACGCCCUGAGUCGACUGUCUCCCGCAGACCUGUAAGACUUUGAUCUAUUGUCUGCCACGCAAACACUGGUACUGCAGCAGAAGGGUCGGCUUUAGGCAAUCCGCGAUGCUGCCCUCAUUCCUCAUCACACUUCUCUGUGCGGCGGCGGCUGUUCAUGCCGCUGUACGACGACCGAUCUUCCCUCGCCGUCGGCACUCACGGGCGACUAACGGGGCAGCGCGGGCCAUACAGUAUCGCCAGUCCGGGACGACCAUCACAGUGGACCUCUCCAAGACGUACCAGACCAUCGAUGGGUUCGGAACCUCGGAGGCCUUCCAGCGCGCAGUACAGAUUAGCAAGCUCCCGGAGACGGAACAGCGGCGCGCCUUAGACCUUCUGUUCAGCACGACCAACGGGGCCGGCCUCUCCAUCCUACGCAAUGGCAUCGGGUCGUCCCCGGAUAUGAGCUCCGACCACAUGGUCUCCAUUGCUCCCAAGAGUCCCGGGUCGCCCAACAACCCCCUGAUCUACGCAUGGGACGGCUCAGACAACAAGCAGCUAUGGGUGUCGCAGGAGGCUCAGCACACGUAUGGCGUGAAGGCUAUCUAUGCGGAUGCCUGGAGUGCGCCGGGAUACAUGAAGACGAAUGGGAACGAUGCCAAUGGCGGGACGCUGUGCGGGCUCAGCGGCGCGAGGUGCUCAAGCGGAGACUGGAGGCAGGCCUACGCGGACUACCUGGUCAGAUAUGUGCAGUUCUAUCAGGAGGCCAACGUGUCGAUCACUCACCUAGGCUUCAUCAACGAGCCCGAGCUCACAACGAGCUACGCCUCCAUGCGCUUCUCGGCCUCGCAAGCCGCCGAAUUCAUCCGCAUCCUGCACCCGACCCUCGCCAAGUCCAACCUAUCGACGAUCCCCGCCAUCGCCUGCUGCGACGCCGAAGGUUGGUCCAGCCAGGCCUCGAUGCUUCCGGCCCUCCGCAGCGUCGACGACAUGCUAGGCAUAGUCACAGCACACAGCUACACCUCCUCGCCAACCAGCCCAAUGCAAACCCCACAUCGCGUGUGGCAGACCGAGGCGGCCGACCUGAACGGCGCCUGGACAUCUUCAUGGUACUCGCGGGGCGGCGCGGGCGAAGGCUGGACCUGGGCCAACAACGUGUACACGGCCAUCGUCAACGCCAACGCGAGCGCCUACCUGUACUGGAUCGGCGUACAGGCCGGAAACACCAACAGCCACAUGGUGCAUAUCAGCAGCGGGAACAAGGUCGAGGCGAGCAAGCGGCUGUGGGCGCUGGGCCAGUGGAGCCGCUUUGUGCGGCCCGGCGCCGUCCGAGUCGCUACUACUACUAGUACCUCGGGGGGUGCAGGUGGCAAUUUGCGGAUUGCGGGGUUCAGGAAUGUGGACGGGUCGAUUGUCGUUGUGGUCAUCAGCUCGAAUGCCGCGGCUGUGAAUGUGAGAGUUGGGACCGGCGGUGGCGGUGUUGGCUCAGCGAAGGCGUGGGUGACGGAUAAUGCGAGGGAGAUUGGCGAGCUGGCGGCGUCGUUUGCGAACGGCGCGGCGAGUGUGGAUGUGCCGUCCAGGUCGAUGGUCACGAUAAUGUUGUACCCCGGGGAGUGAGGACCGUCAGACUGCGGAGCGAAGUGUUCCAUGUUAUGUAGGUGUUCCGGUAUACGACGGACAGACAUCCUUGGAUAGGGAGAAAGAAGAGAGGCUACCGCUAAUCGAACAUAUGGUCCUACGAAAUCCGCAGAAGGGUUGCGCAUGUGGAG